AUGGCGGACUCAAAUCGAGAAGACGGCGCUGUCGAGCCUGACCCGGAGGAUUACCUGUUCGAAAUCAAAUGGGACACCGAAAGCGACAAUCAUGCUGCCGUACCUGAACCCAACGUCAACUCCGCCGCAAUCACGCAGCAGUUCAGAGAGGAGGGCCUAAAAUGGAAACCAUCGCAGAAAGCUGACCCGGACCGCAUAUCGUUCCUCGACUUAGCCCUUGAGAUUCGCAACAUGGUUUACAGGGAGGCUCUCGCCAAAGAGCCCGAGCUUCCGAACUAUGCGUUAUUUGCUGUUUGCCGCCAGACCCAAGCUGAGGGCCAAGCGAUAUAUUACAGCACGAAUACAUUCAUGGCCAAAAAAUACAUGGUCCUUGUCGAAGGAGAUAUGACAAGCAGCGAAAUCACUCUUGAUGAGGCCUUGGAGGUUUGUACCCGCUUCGAUGGACCCGUGUCAGCUGCGGUAAAUGGAGCCAUCAAAAUUAUCGGCAAUGCCUUCCCUAAGGUAAAGCAUGUACAACUCAAGCUCAAAUGCAUCUUUCUAGACCGAGCGGCCCGUUGGGACCGGCUUGAUCUAAACACACUCUUAAUGGAUCAGGCUGUGAAGAUAUUGGCCCAGGAAAUCGGCGAGAACGCUUUACCCAAUUGGUUCCACUUCGAAUUAGCUUCCCAUGAGGAGUCCUUCUGGAUUCCUGUGUGGAAAGAACUCAAGAAGAGGUGCAAGGAGGCCAAUGUCUCUGUCCACCAGCUCCAUUUGAGCCACGUCAAUGGCAGGGAAGACCUUUGAGGGGCAUAGGGGAGAAUAACCGCUCGAAGUCAUCGAAGAAUCACGUCGAUGCGUGGCGACUACAUCAUCUCUGAGUAGAUUGUGUUUUGCACACUCUCAGCUACAAGUUCUGAUGCAAACGGCGGUUGGAAGCCUGGUCCCUCGAACUUUCUAUCUGCGAAUUUUCUCAUCAUAGCGAAAAGGAAGCCAGACGAAUUUGGUAGGGACAACUUCAAUC